AUGGCCCUUAAUGAGAAUGUCACUGCCCUAAAUGGUGAAGGAUAUAAACCAGUGCAGAAAACCUCGCUUUUUAAGUCAACUGUUUCUACAGAGCAGUGUGCUUCUGUCAGCACAACCUCCAAUCAGAUAGUCAACCAUAGCGAUUUGUCAACAGACCACUUGGAACAUCUGGAAAGUAACCUAGUCCAUGCUGAGAGUAAUGAUUUGAGCCAUUUGGAAAAUAGGAUUGGUCUGACUUUAAAUCAGAGAUUUAGAAUUGAACAGAGUCCUCAGUGGGAUGCAUAUGAGAGGGACUUCACUGAGGAGUUGACCCUACAGUAUGACCAGAGGCUUUUCACUGGAGACAGAAUUACUCAAUGCACUGAAUCUGAGAAAAUACUGAAACAGGGCUCCUGUGUUCAUAGAUGUGUCAUUGCUAGGUUUGCAGAGAACCAUUAUGAAUGUGAUAAAUGUGGGGAAGGCUUUAAACCAUGCUCUAACUUCAGUAUACAUAAUGGUCACCGUUUGGGAGACAGUCUUCAUAAAAAUAAUGAAUGUGGGAAAGCUCAUAACCAGUCCUCCAGUGUUGCUGAUCAUCAGAAAAUUCAUGAGGGAAAAAGCCCAUUCACAUCUAAUAAACCAGGGACCAUGUUUAGUCAGUCAUCAAGCCUAAACAUCAAUGAGAUAAUUCCUCAGGGAGAGAAAACUUACAUCUUUAAGGAAUGUGUUAAAUCCUUUGACUGCCACUCAACACUAUCUCAACAUCAGCGAAUGCAUACUGGAGAAAAAAUAUACAAAUGCGAAGAAGGUGGUCAAAGCGUUAAGGACUGUUCAUCUUUAAAUGGACAUUCACAGAUCUAUUCUGGAGAGAAACCCUGCAGAUGUCAAGAAUGUGGCAAGACUUUUAACAAUCACUCAAGUCUUAAUAGACAGCACCAAAUUCAUAUUGAAGGGAAAAAUUACAACUGUAAUGAAUGUGCCAAAGCCUUUACAUCAUGCUCAAAACUUAUUCAACAUCAGCGAAUUCAUAGUGGAGAUAAACCUUACCAGUGUCAACAAUGUGGCAAGAGGUUUAACCACAGCUCAACCCUUACUCGACAUCACAGAAUUCAUACUGGAGAGAAACCUUACCAAUGUCAAGAAUGUGGCAAGGCCUUUAUCCGCAACUCAAACCUUAUACAACAUCACAGAAUUCAUACAGGACAGAAACCUUACCAAUGUCAGGAAUGUGGCAAGGCCUUUACCAGGAGGUCAGAUCUUUCUCAGCAUCACAAAAUUCAUACUGGACAGAAAACUUUCCAGUGUCAGGAAUGUGGCAAGGCCUUUACCAGGAGGUCAGAUCUUUCUCAGCAUCACAAAAUUCAUACUGGACAGAAACCUUACCAAUGUCAGGAAUGUGGCAAUGCCUUUACCAGGAGGGCAAGUCUUUCUAGGCAUCAGAAAAUUCAUAGUGAAGAGAAACCUUACCAAUGUCAGGAAUGUGGUAAUGCCUUUAACUGGAAGUCAGGUCUUGCUAACCAUAAGAGAGUUCAUUGUGGAGAAAAAUCUUACCAAUGUGAAAAAUGUGGCAAGUCCUUUAAGGACAGCCCAACUCUUAUUGAACAUUACAGAAGUCAUACUGGAGAGAAACCUUACCAAUGUCAAAAAUGUGGCAAAAGCUUUAACUGGAGGUCAUCCCUUAUUCAACAUCACAGAAGUCAUACUGGAGAGAGACCUUACCAAUGUCACAAAUGUGACAAGAGCUUUAACCGGAGCUCAGACCUUAUUCGACAUCACAGAAUUCAUACUGGAGAAAAACCUUACAAAUGUCAUGAAUGUGGUAAGGCCUAUGCCGUCUGUUCACUACUUACUAGACAUCAAAAAAUUCAUAACGGAGAGAAACCUUACCAAUGUCAAGAAUGUGGCAAGGCCUUUAUCCACAACUCAAACCUUAUACAACAUCACAACAUUCAUACUGGACAGAAACCUUACCAAUGUCAGGAAUGUGGCAAGGCCUUUACCAGGAGCUCAUAUCUUUCUCAGCAUCACAAAAUUCAUACUGGACAGAAGCCUUACCAAUGUCAGGAAUGUGGCAAGGCCUUUACCAGGAGGUCAGAUCUUUCUCAGCAUCAGAAAAUUCAUACUGGACAGAAACCUUACCAAUGUCAGGAAUGUGGCAAUGCCUUUACCAGGAGUUCAAAUCUUUCUCGGCAUCAGAAAACUCAUAGUGGAGAGAAACCUUACAAAUGUCAAAAAUGUGGUAAGGCCUAUGCCAUCCCUUCACAACUUACUAAACAUCACAAAAUUCAUAAUGGAGAGAAACCUUACCAAUGUCAAGAAUGUGGCAACAUCACAGAAUUUAUACUGGAGAGAAACCUUACCAGUGUCAGGGAUGUGGCAAGGCCUUUAAGACGAGGGUCCAUGAUUGUCUGGAAGCCCAUCCCGCAGCACUGUCAGAAUUCCCCCGAGGCAGGACAAAGGCUGGAGAAGUUAAUUGAAUACCUAAAAGACCAGCAGGCAGAAGGGCACAAGAGAGCUUGUCUGCAAGGAACAGGACAGCUGUCCUUCAGGGAUGUGGCCAUAGAAUUCUCUGAGGAGGAGUGGGGAUGCCUGGCCCACUCUCAGCAGGAACUGUACAGGGAUAUGAAGCUGGAGAACUAUGGACACCUCCUCUUCUUGGGUUAG